AUGAGAGAGCUCAUCGGUCUUUUUCUGGCUCCAUGCUUGGUUUUGGGGGUUGGGACUAUUCGAGAGAGCGUCCCAAUGCAGACCCUACAGUGUUACAACGACUACUUAUCUCUUACAACUUGCAUGUGGAUGGAGUGUUCAGAGGCUCAUCAAUUCCUGAAUGAGGCCCUCAGUCAGGCUGAUUCCAUCUUAGACAGCCUUGAGAACAAAGAAAUGACCUGCAGGUCCCACAAAGGUGAAAACCACACUGACUGCCAGAACUUCACAAUGCACUGGGCGUGUGACAUCCAUGGAUAUGAUGAUGAAAACUACAACUUCAAAUUUGACGUGACGCUACAAGCAGAGCUAAAUGUCUACUUGUUUCAGAAUGUUCAGACCCUCCCACCUCAAAACCUCUCAGUCAGGUUGAUGAUAUCAGGAGACUUCUUGCUGACCUGGAAAGCAGCUGAUGGAAGCCAAGGGCUGGGCAAUGCACUGGAGUAUGAAGUCACUUACAAGCGGGACUGGGAGUCCUGGGAGAAAGCUGCCUCACUCUUGCUCUCCAACACCACACAUUGCCAUCUCAGCCGCAAGGACCUUGUCCCAGAGAGCAGCUAUGUUGCCCGUGUGCGAGCCAGACCGGGGCGGGCCAGUGGCUUCUCUGGGCAGUACAGCGAGUGGAGCGCAGAGGUGUCGUGGAAGACCCCUGAAGGUGGCCUUCAGCCCAGGAACCUUCGCUGCCUCUUCAACGGUGCAGAUCGUCUGACGUGCAGCUGGGAAGUGAAGAAAGCGAUCACCACCUCUGUCCUCUUUGGCUUGUUCUUCAGGGCCACUCCGGCAUCAGCAGAAGAGGAGUGCUCUCCUGUAAACGAGAAGGCUUUGCCCCACAUCCCAUAUGUGGUCCAGAGCUGUGAGAUCCCUGUUAGCAACCCCAGCAGUCACAGCCAGUACCAUGUGUCUGUCUGGCCCAAGACAGAGGAGAAACUGAUUGAAGCCUACAAGAACAUUAAGGUGCAGCCGCCUGCAAAUGUGUCAGUAACAGUGACAGAGAGCCAAGAGUAUGAACUGGGGUGGAUAAAACACACUUUGUUUUAUGGCAAUAUAAAACAGAGAUACCAAGUUGAGUACUGGAAAAACAAUCAAUAUGAAAAGACUGUCCAGAAGCUAAAUAUCAGCAGUGAUGAACCUCCCUUCAUCUUCACCCCACAGAUGCUGGCAUCAUCUACAGAAUAUAGGGGCAAAAUGCGUGCAAGGGUGAAUAUGCAUGAAUAUUACGAGGGGCCUUGGAGUGAAUGGAGUGAGGAGUUCACCUGGAAGACAGAGAAUGUUCUCUCACCAGUGGUUCUCCCAGUGAUGCUCCCAGCUCUCAUCAUCACUUUGCUAACAGUUGCUUAUUGCAGCUAUAAGUAUUUCCUCAGGAAGAAGCAUAUGUGGGAGGAAAAGAUUCCAAACCCCAGCAAGAGUCUUCUGAUCCAGAGCUACCUGAGGGUAAGAGGGAACUCUGUCAGCCAACGGCUGGCCAGCCAGGUGGCCUUCAAUGGGCAGAACUCUUCUGAGGAGCCGGAGCAGAUUAACUGCCUUAAAGUGCUGGAUGGGAUGAGUAAGAGUCCAGCAGAGUUCCAUGGAGCUGAGGCAAAGACGGUGCAGCUUUCCCAUGCUACACUGGCUCCACAAAACUCCUGUCAGACUUCUGGAGUGCCACAUAAAACCUCACUUUCAUUGUCCACACUUGUCUGCCCACUGAAUCAGACUGCUGGUCCGUCCUGCCUGUUUGCCAGGCUUCCAGGCAAGAGUGCUGCUCAUGCAAGUACUGCUUCCCAGACUUGCUUUGCUUUCAAUGGUCCAUACUUGUACAGCCCAGUGAUGUCCUCCCAGCCCGAUAUGCAUCAGGCCCUGCAAGUGGACCCAGUGGGAGUCUGUAAGAAAUCAGUUUCCCUUCAGUAUGUGACCCUCCCAAGCGAAGACUGUCCCCAGGCUCCACAGAGGCAAGGACAGCCAGGAGCAGGUCCUCCACAGCCCUUCAUGCUCCCAGAUCAGAAGGAAAUGAUGCAGCACCUCGACGAUGAGAAAGAAGUCUCACCGGCCCCACCAGCCUGUGGGAAAGGCACGAACAUGAGCACAGAAGAGCAGCAAUCUCCAAAGGCUCUUAGCCAUAUCACGUCUCCUCAGCAGUGCCCCUUGGAGUACAUUCCCACAGAGAGCCUGUUACUGCCAUCAGCCAGCGACUCCACCCAUCCGCCACUUGUCACAGCCCCACAGCAGCCACAUUACCAUGAGUUUUCUCCUGGGAAAACUGGUGUCACGGUCCCAGUUUCAGGUCAAGCACCAACCUCUUCUGAAUUGCACCUGGAUGUGUUUGGAGACCCUUUAGGUCUCCAUGGACUUUCAGAACCCACAAAAAUGUCCUUAUGUAUUUCUUGA